GCGGUCACCGUCCGUCCCCGAGCUCGCGGACCCGCGUGCUGUUUGGGGCGCUUCCGCUUCCCGCGCCCGGAGGCCCCGGUGGGGUCCCACCUGUUACUCCAUCUCCGCCGGCUCGCCUUUCCCUCCCUGGGGGACCAGGGGAGGGCAGGGAAGGGGCCCGCAGCGGCCGACUGGCAGCAGGUGCAAAGGCGCGCGGGCGCCCGGGCCUUGCCCUGCCCGCGGCUGCGAGCGGCUGGUGAGCCCGGCUGCAGGUGCGUCUCCCGGGUGCUGACGGCGCGCCCCCCGUGCCUGGCAGGGACGCGCUCGGCUGGACUCCCCAGAUGCUGAGGUUCCUGCGGCCCUGGCCCCGGAGCGCGCUGAGCUGCACCUGGAGCCUCCUGCGCCUUCCCCGGCGCGGCCUGUUCACCAUGAAGCUGCAGUCCUCGGAGUUCCAGGCGCUGUUCACGGACGGGCUGAAGAGCCUCACGGAGCUGUUCCACCGCGAGAACCACGAGCUGCGGAUCGCAGGAGGCGCCGUGCGGGACUUGCUGGCGGGGGUCAAGCCGCAGGACGUGGACUUUGCCACCACUGCCACGCCCGAGCAGAUGAAGGAGAUGUUCCAGGCAGCUGGCGUGCGCAUGAUCCACAACAAGGGGGAACAGCACGGAACCGUGACGGCCAGGCUUCAUGAAGAAAAUUUUGAAAUCACCACCCUGCGUAUUGAUGUAGCCACUGAUGGGAGACACGCCGAGGUGGAGUUCACCACUGACUGGCAGAAGGAUGCUGAGCGCCGCGACCUCACCAUCAACUCCAUGUUCCUGGGUUUUGACGGCACCUUGUUUGAUUACUUUAAUGGUUAUGAAGAUUUAAAAAAUAAGAAAGUUAGAUUUGUCGGGCAGGCCAAACAGAGGAUACAAGAAGACUACCUUCGGAUUCUAAGGUAUUUCAGGUUUUACGGCAGAGUCGUAGAGAAGCCUGGGGACCACGAUCCUGGGACUUUGGAAGCCAUUGCGGAAAAUGCACAAGGCUUGGCUGGAAUUUCAGGAGAAAGGAUUUGGGUGGAGCUGAAGAAAAUUCUUACUGGCAACCACGUCAAUCACUUGAUGCACCUGAGCUACAGACUUGGCGUGGCCCCUUACAUAGGCUUACCUGCUAAUGCCAAUCUAGAAGAGUUUGACAAAGUCACUAAAAACGUGGAAGGCCUUGCCCCGAAGCCAAUGACUGUUUUGGCCUCAUUAUUCAAAGGGCAAGAUGAUGUCACAAAAUUGGAUUUGAGAUUGAAGAUUUCAAAAGAAGAGAAAAACCUUGGGUUAUUUAUAGUCAAGAACAGGAGAGACUUAGUGAGUGCAGCAGACAGUUCAGACCCCCUGAAGCCUUACCAAGACUUCGUCAUAGAUUGCAGGGAGCCGGAUGCCAAGGCCCGCGUGUGUGAGCUGCUCAAGUACCAGGGCGAGCCAAGCCUGCUGGAGGAGAUGCAGGGCUGGUCCAUCCCGCCCUUCCCUGUGAGCGGCCACGACCUCAGGAAAGCAGGCAUUGUUUCGGGGAAGGAAAUCGGGGCUCUUCUACAGCAGCUGCGGAACCAGUGGAAAAAAAGUGGCUACCAGAUGGAAAAGGAUGAACUUCUGAGUUACAUACAAAAGCCGGGGAGCUGAGAGCAGCUCACUGCGAGGCGCGCCGUGGCUCUGGGCCUCAGCUGGUCCCGCGCUGUCGCCUGCCACCGCACCUGGCUUUCUAACCUUCCAACAAAAAGGCUUGUCCGCCCAGAAGCAGCCACAGGUACUGUGUCUGAACUCCAGCUGGAUUCCAAAAUAAACGAGUGCUGAAAGCAGUCAGAUGUCUGACCCGAGUGCGUAAGACGUACCAUAGGUGUCCUGCUCGCAGGAGGUACACCACAACAGGUGUCUCCUGUCACGAUGGGAUGUCUAGAAAUUAGGGUGCUUGUGGGGGCUGUUAACUUUGAUCGGUUCCCUUUGCUUUGAAGUUGAAUGCUUACGUGUAGUGCCCGCCUGUGCAUGCUGGGCCGUGAGAUUACUGCAGAGCUGUGCACAGACUUCUCAGCAGUUAGAGG